CUGGCCAAAGAUGACUCCUCUGGUGAUGUGGCUUCUAUGUUAUCCCUUAUCUGUUGUCACUCCUGUUAACUCAAGCCCUGACCCAGCCUGUUCCCUGCUGGGCAACUUUGAGCCCAAUUUCCAGGCUGAUGGAGACUUCAUCAUUGGAGGAAUUUUCCCCAUGCAUUACAAUAUUGAGCCACCAGACCAGAACUUCACUUACAAACCAGCUACUCCACAAUGUCAGGGAUUUGACCCCAGAUCUUUCCGCUGGGCACAGACCAUGAGGCUGGCUGUUGAGGAGAUCAACCAGAGUCAGAACCUGAUGCCUAACUUCACUCUGGGAUAUAAUAUCUUUGACUCCUGUUCUACAAAUGUAGCAGCACAAAGGGCAGCUCUUGCAGUUCUGAAUGGACCUGGUUUAGCCCAGAGUGCCAUGUGUUCUGGCACUGCUCCUGUUUUGGCUGUUGUUGGAAGUUCUGGGACUAUUGUCUCAAGAACUUUGCAGCCCUUCAGAAUUCCAAUGAUAAGUUAUUUUUCAACGUGUUCCUGUCUUAGCAACAGGAAAGAAUUCCCAACAUUUUUUAGAGUAAUUCCUAAUGACGACUACCAGGUAAAAGCCAUUGCAAGCCUCCUGCUCCGAUUUGGUUGGACUUGGAUUGGUGUGGUCAUUAAAGAUGAUGAUUAUGGGAGAUUUGCUUUACAGGGCCUUUUGAAGGAAACCAAAAACACUGGUGUGUGUUUGGCCUACCAAAAAAUGAUUCCAAAAGUGUACAGUCGUGAAGGAAUCCUUGAAAUCCUUGAUGUGAUCAAGCACUCCACUGCAAGAGUCGUUAUCAGCUUUGCUAUUGAGGGGGAUCUCUACCCCUUAUUUAAAGAGUACAUGGAUCAAAACAUCACUGGUAUCCAGUGGAUUGCCAGUGAAGCCUGGGUAACAGCCUCAUUAUUUGCAGACAGCGAGUUCUACCCAUUUCUAGGAGGUACCAUUGGUUUUGCUGUCAGACAAGGGCAGAUUCCAGGUCUCAGAGACUACCUGAUGAACGUAAACCCAUUGAGCUACCCCAGUAACCCCCUGGUGCACGAGCUGUGGGGUGCCUUGUACGGUUGCUCUCUCUACCCCUCCAGUAGCAGGACCCAGGCCUCCUCCCAGCUGCCCCCCUGUUCAGGGCUGGAGCCCAUGCAGGAGCAGCACUCUGCCUACCUGAACACCUCCCGCCCUCGUAUUUCCUACAAUGUGUACAAAGCUGUGUACGCCAUCGCUCACUCCCUCCACAACCUCAUCAGCUGUAAGCCUGAGAAAGGGCCCUUCCACAACUCCUCAUGUGCUGAUGCCACAAACAUUCAACCAUGGCAGGUUCAGCAAUAUCUUCAAGAUGUUGUCUUUACUAUUUCUGGAGAGGAUGUUGAUUUUGAUGCAAAUGGAGAUUCAAUUCCUUCAUAUGAUCUGAUAAAUUGGCAAAAAGGAGCAACUGGAAAUAUUGAGUUUGUCAACGUGGGUCUGUAUGAUGGUGCAAAGGAUAUUGGGAAGGAGCUGUUUAUCCAGGAGGAGGUGAUCAUGUGGACUGGCCAUCAAACUGAGGCAAGCCAUAAAGCACAAUUUAUCAAUAUAACUGAACAAAUUGAGAGCUGUGCUCCAGGAAGCAGGAAGGCUGUCCGUCGUGGGGAGCCUCUGUGCUGCUUUGAUUGUGUACCAUGUGACGACGGCAAGAUUAGCAAUGAGAGGGAUUCAAUAGAUUGCACAUCUUGUCCUGAAGAUUACUGGUCCAAUGCAGCCAGAACUGAAUGCAUACCAAAAGCGAUUGAGUACCUCUCCUAUGAUGCAAUGGGACUGACCCUGACUGUGCUAGCUGUAGUCGGAGCCUGCCUCACCAUCGCUGUUCUGGCAGUAUUCCUCUACCACAGGAACACUCCGAUUGUCAAAGUCAACAACUCAGAGCUGAGCUUCUUCAUCCUGCUCUCUCUGACUCUGUGUUUCCUGUGUGCGCUGGUGUUCAUUGGAGAGCCUACAUCAUGGUCCUGCAUGCUGCGCCAUACUGCCUUCAGCAUCACUUUCUCACUCUGCAUAUCCUGUAUCCUGGGGAAGACUCUGGUGGUGCUGGCUGCCUUUACAGCCACCAGGCCUGGAAACAACCUCAUGAAAUGGCUGGGACCUAAACAGCAGAGAUUCAUCAUCUCUGCCUGCACCUUUAUACAAGUGAUAAUCUGUGCAGUGUGGCUAAUCACUGCUCCUCCUUUCCCAAACAAAAACAAUCAAUACCACCGGUCCAGAAUAAUCCUUGAGUGUAGUGUUGGUUCUGAACAGGCCUUCUGGUGUGUUCUGGGAUACAUUGGUCUCCUGGCUGCUCUGUGUUUUAUUCUGGCCUUUCUGGCCAGGAAACUGCCAGGCAAUUUUAAUGAAGCCAAAUACAUCACCUUCAGCAUGCUGAUCUUCUGUGCAGUGUGGCUCGCCUUUGUACCAGCUUAUGUCAGCUCACCUGGAAAGUUCACUAAAGCUGCUCCUCAUUCAGCACUGCAGUGUGUGAGACUAGCCUGGCCAAACAUGACUCCUCUGGUGAUGUGGCUUCUAUGUUACCCCUUAUCUGUUGCCACUCCUGUUAACUCGAGCCCUGAUCCAGCCUCUUCCCUGCUGGGCAACUUUGAGCCCAAUUUCCAGGCUGAUGGAGACUUCAUCAUUGGAGGACUUUUCCCCAUGCAUUACAGUGUUGAGCCACCAGACCAGAACUUCACUUACAAACCAGCUGCUCCACAAUGUCAGGGAUUUGAUCCCAGAUCUUUCCGCUGGGCCCAGACAAUGAGGCUGGCUGUUGAGGAGAUCAAUCAGAGUCAGAACCUGUUGCCUAAUUUCACUCUGGGAUACAAGAUCUUUGACUCCUGUGCUACAGAUGGACAAAGGGCAGCUCUGGCAGUUCUGAAUGGACCUGGUUUAGCCCAGAGUGCCGUGUGUUCUGGCACUGCUCCUGUUUUGGCUGUUGUUGGAAAUUCUGGGACUCUUGUCUCCAGAACUUUACAGCCCUUCAGAAUUCCAAUGAUAAGUUAUUGUUCAACGUGUUCCUGUCUUAGCAACAGGAACGAAUUCCCAACAUUUUUUAGAGUAAUUCCUAACGACGACUACCAGGUAAAAGCCAUUGCAAGCCUCCUGCUCCGAUUUGGUUGGACUUGGGUUGGUGUUGUCACUGAUGAUGAUGAUUAUGGGAGAUUUGCUUUACAGGGCCUUUUGAAGGAAUUCAAAAACACUAGUGUGUGUUUGGCCUACCAGACAGUGAUUCCCAAAGUGUACAGUCGUGAAGGAAUCCUUGAAAUCCUUGAUGUGAUGAAGCACUCCACUGCAAGAGUAGUUAUCAGCUUCGCUGCUGAAGGGGGACUCUACCCCUUAUUUAAAGAGUACAUGGAUCAGAACAUCACUGGCAUCCAGUGGAUUGCCAGUGAAGGCUGGGCAACAGCAUCAGUAUUUGCAGGCAGUGAGUUCUACCCAUUUCUAGGUGGCACCAUUGGUUUCGCCGUCAGGCAGGGGCAGAUCCCUGGUUUUAGAGACUACCUGAUGAACGUAAACCCAUUGAAGUACCCCAGUAACCCCCUGGUGCACGAGCUGUGGGGUGCCUUGUACGGUUGCUCCCUCUACCCCUCCAGCAGCAGGACCGAGGCCUCCUCCCAGCUGCCCCCCUGUUCAGGGCUAGAGCCCCUGCUGAAGCAGCACUCUGCCUACCUGAACACCUCCAGCCCUCGUUUUUCCUACAAUGUGUACAAAGCCAUGUACGCUAUUGCUCACUCCCUGCACAACCUCAUCAGCUGUAAGCCUGGGAAAGGGCCCUUCCACAACUCCUCAUGUGCUGAUGCCACAAACAUUCAACCAUGGCACGUUCAGCAGUAUCUUCAAGAUGUUGUCUUCACUAUUUCUGGAGAAGAUGUGGAUUUUGAUGCAAAUGGAGAUUCAAUUCCUUCAUAUGAUCUGAUCAAUUGGCAAAGAGGUGCAGCUGCAAAUAUUGAGUUUGUCAAUGUGGGUUACUAUGACGGUGCAAAGGAUGUUGGGAAGGAGUUGUUUAUCCAGGAGGAGGUGAUCAUGUGGACUGGCCAUCAAACUGAGGUGUUUGUGUCUGUGUGCAGUGAGAGCUGUGCUCCAGGAAGCAGGAAGGCUGUCCGUCGUGGGGAGCCUCUGUGCUGCUUUGAUUGUGUACCAUGUGAUGACGGCAAGAUUAGCACGGAGAGGGAUUCAAUAGAUUGCGCAUCUUGUCCUAAAGAUUACUGGUCCAAUGCAGCCAGAACUGAAUGCAUACCCAAAGUGAUUGAGUACCUCUCCCAUGAUGCAAUGGGACUGACCCUGACUGUGAUAGCUGUAGUCGGAGCCUGCCUCACCAUCGCUGUUCUGGCAGUAUUCCUCUACCACAGGAACACUCCGAUUGUCAAAGUCAACAACUCAGAGCUGAGCUUCCUCAUCCUGCUCUCUCUGACUCUGUGUUUCCUGUGUGCGCUGGUGUUCAUUGGAGAGCCUACAUCAUGGUCCUGCAUGCUGCGCCAUACUGCCUUCAGCAUCACUUUCUCACUCUGCAUCUCCUGUAUCCUGGGGAAGACUCUGGUGGUGCUGGCUGCCUUUACAGCCACCAGGCCUGGAAACAACCUCAUGAAAUGGCUGGGACCCAAACAGCAGAGAUUCAUCAUCUCUGCCUGCACCUUUAUACAAGUGAUAAUCUGUGCAGUGUGGCUAAUCACUGCUCCUCCUUUCCCAAACAAAAACAAUCAAUACCACCGGUCCAGAAUAAUCCUGGAGUGUAGUGUGGGUUCUGAACAGGCCUUCUGGUGUGUUCUGGGAUACAUUGGUCUCCUAGCUGCUCUAUGUUUUAUUCUGGCCUUUCUGGCCAGGAAACUGCCAGGCAAUUUUAAUGAAGCCAAAUACAUCACCUUCAGCAUGCUGAUCUUCUGUGCGGUGUGGUUCGCCUUUGUACCAGCUUAUAUCAGCUCACCUGGAAAGUUCACUGUAGCUGUGGAGAUAUUUGCAAUUCUAGCAUCUAGUUUUGGCCUACUGCUUUGCUUAUUUGCUCCAAAAUGCUACAUCAUUUUACUGAAGCCACAGAAAAAUACAAAACAACAUCUGAUGGGAAAAGUUGUUACCAAAUAAAACAAUGAUGUUU